GUUAAGAGCUUUUAUUUUGAUGGGGGUUUGGUGUUAAGGGCUUUUAUUUUGAUGGGUUGUUUUCGGAUCUUGUGGCCUGUCAUUGCAGUGCUGCGCUCAGUUCAUCGCGAAUCUUCACAAAUCAAAAGAUAGAAUCAUUAAACCAUUAAUCUUUGUUACAGCAGUAAUGCGCGUGCAUGUGUGUGUAAAUGUACUUCAAACACAUCUGUAGUUUAAUUUAGUGUGUGUCAGUGGGUCACGUGAUGGGUUCGGAGGCGGUCCACUACAUCCACCUUCAUAACUCCAGUCAGUCGGUGCUGGAAGCGUUGAGAUCUCAGCGACGCAAAGGUCUGUUUUGUGACGUCACCGUGCGCAUCCAUGACGCGUCGCUGCGGGCCCAUGCCUGCGUGUUGGCGGCGGGGAGCCCAUUCUUCCAAGACAAGCUGCUGCUGGGUCACUCUGAGAUCUCGGUGCCGCCGCUGGUUCCGGCUGAGACGGUGAAGCAGCUGGUGGACUUCAUGUACAGCGGCUCGCUGGUGGUGCUGCACUCGCAAGCGCUCUGCAUCCUCACAGCUGCGUCCAUCCUGCAGAUCAAGACCGUCAUCGAUGAGUGCACGCAGAUCAUCUCGCAGCGACGUGCAGCUGCUGCUGCCGCUGGAGGGGUGGGGCCUCUGGGGGGUGCUCUGCUCAAGCAGGAGGAGGGUGGCGACGGGAAAGAGCGUGAGAGCUCACCUCUGCAGGGCUUUGUUUACAGCAUGCCGGGUGAUUGCACGUCUGCGGCGGAAAUGGCAGUCGCUCUAAGCGGUGGGGCACAGGGGGAGGGCGGGGGUGUGGGCCCACUGAUGCCCCUCCCUGAAUUAGGCGGGGCUGGGUUGUGUCGAGGGGAGGGGAUGGGUGUGGCAGUGGGCGGGGCCAUGCUGAAACCGACCAGCUGUGCGCAGGAAAUCAACUACAUGUUGAAUCCGAGCUCGGAACGAAGUGCAAAUGUUGCCGCCGCCGCAAAUGAGCGUGCUCAGAUAGUCUCUCCCCCCGGGAUGGCCCGCGGCGGGGGUUUGGAGUAUACCGGCGGGGGGGAGGAGCUUGUGGUGGGCGUGGACAGAUUCAGUGAAGAGGACGAGCGAGAGGGAGAGAGAGAGACAGACAGAGAGAGAGCUGCAGCGCACACACGCAAACAGAGACAACCGCUCAGACUGCAGGUGUUGGGGGGGGAGGAGGUGGUGGUGAAGAAUGAGGGGGUGCAGGAAGGGGAGGGGCUGUUUGAGAUAGACGAGAGAGGGAACGCAUCACACCAGCACACCUACGGACAGGUAAAACAUAUACACACAGUAAUGUACAUGUGCUGCAGAGCAAAUGCAGCAGAGGCCACUGGAAACGUGUGUGUGUGUGUGUGUGUGUGUGUGUGUGUGUGUGUGUGUGUGUGUGUGUGUGCAUUUCAGGGUGGGUUCUAUGAGGAGUCCAGUGUGUUCUCUGGUAGUUUUUGGUCCCAGGCGGAUCCGCAGUCGUCUCUGGGUUCAAACUCUCGCAGUCAAGUCAACAAACCGCUCUCGCCCCCGCCGACAACACAGAGCCUCAGCAACCAGAUGCUUUUCCAGUUUCCUGCCAGCGAAUCACAGUCCUCCUCCUUCUACGUGGGUGGGCCAAUGGUGAUUGACAACAUGUCUGAUUCAUGUCAGCAGGCCCCGCCUCAUGCCCCGCUGACCCCAGCUCCAUCCCCCUCAACCCCAGCAUGCAUCGCGGGUCCGAGUUUUGCCCCGCAGGGAUCCGAGUCGUUCGACUGCAGCCACUGCGGAAAAUCACUGCGCUCGCGCAAGAACUACAGCAAACACAUGUUCAUCCACUCCGGUCAGAAGCCGCAUCAGUGCAGCAUCUGCUGGCGCUCGUUCUCUCUGCGUGACUAUCUGCUCAAGCACAUGGUGGUGCACACGGGCGUGCGAGCGUUUCAGUGCUCCGUCUGCAGCAAACGCUUCACGCAGAAGAGCUCGCUCAAUGUGCACAUGCGCACACACCGCGUGGAGCGCACCUUCACCUGUGGCGUUUGUCACCGCGCAUUCACGCACCGCACGCUGCUCGAGAGACACACCCUCCAACACCAACACCCCACGCCCACCAUCAAACUGCCCACCAAUCACAUGGAGUCGGGCAAUGGCGGGAUGGGCGGAGCCAGUGGACCGGGUCCCGCCUCUUAGGAGAACGAAUGGGCCUGAAUCCCAGGAGCUUUAACACACACACACACACACAGGAACUGCAGCAGCGGCCUGUGGCGCCUCUUAAAGCCAGAAAACCUCGCAAAACACACAAACCUCAUCGAGCGAUUCACACUAAACGUCUGACGCCAGAGACGUCUUUUUCAUGUUUAUUCAUGUUUUGUGUGAUUCUCAUCAGAAACCAGACGGACCUCAGGACCAGACGAGUGCGUUUAUUACCUCCAUUUGUACAGUUUUGAUCAAGUAUAUGCUUAUAAAUCCUGAUGAUAUUUUUAUGGUGAGUUUUAUGUUGCGCUGAAAUGUUUUUCUGCAUUAUGGGCUGGAAUAUUCUGCUUUGGUUUCUGUAUCCGCAUGCGCUCGCUUUACGCUGCAUGAAGAGGCAUUAAAUGCAUUGUGAUAUUCACAACGUCUUGUCGUGUUUAUUGAUUUGUGCAAAUUGAAUCCUGCAGCUUUAUAUAAAUAUGAUCAAUAUCACAGAGGUCGUGCUGCUGAAUAUUUAUGAAGUUCUGAAAUGUCGUGAAAAUAAGGUCAAAACUGAAGUUGCGUUACGAGAUGUGAGAGUUUCUGAAGACACUGGUGAUAUAGUUUAUGAAUGCUUGUGUGGUAUAAAUGUGUAAUAUGGGCAAUGAUAUUCUGUAAUAAAUGACGAGUGAACUUCAGAA